GUUAAUUUAGAGAGACCCUGUUCCAUAUCCAAAACCCUCCUCGCGGAGAAUCCUUGCCAAUUUAGUAUUUAUCCCAUAUUCCUCCGAUUAACUGGUAUCUGCAUAAUUUUGCUAUGAACGAGGAAAUGUGUGCAGAUGGGUUUUCAAAGACCCGGUCUGCCUUGGUAGAUGUUACAAAUUUUGUUGGGAAGAGAGGGUAUUCGUUGAUUUCCAAAUCAGGCGUUAACACUGAGGGUGAUGAAGCUUUACGAUUUGGAAAGAAAGAACGUCUUACAAAAGAGAACUAUAAAAAAGAAAACUUCCACAAAGAGAUUGUGGAUUCUGUUUUGAAGCCUCAUUUAUGUAGCCACAUUGAUUCGUUAAACGGGAAUGCCAUAGAUCGUAAAGCCAAGGUACCAUGUGAAACCAAGGAACCAUAUCCACCAGGUGUUCGACAUAAUGCCGACUCUGAUACUACUCCUAGAUCUAGUAACGAUGCGAGAUUAUCUACCCGAUCAUCGCCCAUUUCAUUACCCACAAGGCUAUUCGAUAGAGUAGAAACAGAAAACGAUGAAAGAAUCGACUCCGAUGAAAAUAAUUUAAAGGAACGAGUUGAAGCCAGCAUAAGCACCAACAAUGGCGAUGAUCUUACUCCUGACAAUUCUGAUUUCAACAAAGGAGAUUAUCUAGACUUUUCAAGAAUACUGGAGUCCCAGGAAUCUAGGUCAUCUUGUUUAGAAAGAUGCAUAGAACAAAAGGGUGCUAUGAACUCCAUCAAAGCUUGUUCAUGUUCUUUUUGCAUGAAAGCUGCUUACAUGUGGUCAGAUCUCCACUACCAGGAUACCAAAGGCAGAAUCGCUGCUAUAAAAAAGAGCCAGAAAGAAGCUAGCAUUUUGGUUGAGAGAUAUAGCAGAAAUAAUGAAAUUGGAAAAUAUGGGCAACAAAGUAAAUUCUCAAAAUUGGAGCAUGAUCUUACAUAUAAGUGGAGGUCUUUUUUUCUUCAUAUGGAAGACAUUUUUGCCCUUGAGAGCAAUCAACUUGAAUCGAGCUUAUUGAAACUCAGAGUUUUGAGAGAGGAUUGCAAAAGUGAUCUAAAUCCAACGGAUGAAAUGAAUUUAAAGAAAAAAUAGGUCUCGGUCUUGUCUGUUCGUAUUAUCGUAAAAAUAUUAAUUUCGGUGUUUCCAGUAAAUAUAUAAUUCUUUUUUAUUUGUAGCAUGGUAAAAAUAUAAAUUUUGGUAUGUAAUUUUUUUGGUAGGAUGCACAAUGGUUGAAGUUUCUAG